AUGCCAGCAACAGACAGACAUGGAUCUCAGCCUCGACUGCUCCGUGAGCGUCCCUACGCCACCCCACGCCGCGAGGCGACCCGCCUGCGAGGCAGGGUGGACAGCGCGAAAGCCGAAGAGCUGCUUGCCGGGCUAGGGUUCAACGUCGACGAAGAAGCGCGAAGCAAGGGCAACGGCCAGCAGCGCGGGCGUCGAAGAAAGCGUGCGGGGGGGAACAAUGAGGCCAUUCGGGAUGCCGAGUGGGCUCCUACUGCGCCUCGGGCGGACAUACAGAAGGGCUUGACCUUUCUGGAAGCCGCCGACUUCGAUGUUCCCGCAGAAGAUCGUCUAGCGUUCGAGAGGAAUGGACACGCCGUCACGCGGGGCGUGUUUUCCUCGAAGCAACUCAAUGCGCUGCGUCCCAGCAUUGUGCAAGCCUUCGAGCUCCAAGAGAUGAACGCGCUGCGCCAGAAGGUUUCCGUCUGGUUCGGUGACGACGACGCUUCCGAGCUCGAAACCGCCCCACAGCUCCGCGCGAGGCUGAAGCGACUUACCCCUGAAGAGGUCCCCUUUCUCCAGGUUUUCAACAUGUUCAGGAAGGACGGUCCGUUCCGAGAAACCAUCGAGCGGGUCGUUCUAUCCCCGAGGCUUGCCCACAUCGCCGCGCAGCUCUUGGGCUGCCAACGCUUGAGACUCUACCAAGACUCAACGUUCUGCAAGCGGCCGGGGGAUGGUCAAACCAGGUGGCACUCGGACCUCAACAUGGCGCCGCUGGACUGCAACGACUUCGUGACCGCGUGGAUACCGUUGGAGGAGAUUCCCGCGAAGAGGGAGGGCGGCUCGCCCCUGGUGUUCGCCAGCAGGUCGCACCGCGACUUCGCCCUCAACCACUGGCGGGAUUCCCGGCUACGGGAAGACUUGACCGGGAGAUACCGCGAGAAGGACCACGCUCCCUUGGCCGCCGGUGACAUCACGUGGCACCACGGGUGGACGCUUCACAGCUCCCCGGGCAACAGGAGGGAGACACGUCGGGUGGCCUUAGCCGUCAGCUACUUCCGGGACGGGACCUGCCUCCUGUCUGACACCGCGGGGAGAUCACCAGAUCCAGAGGACAAGUGGAGCUACGGGGACUGGGUCGGCGACUUGCCAGUAGGAGGCGUUGUUAAACACCCCUCCGUCCCGCUUGUAUGGAACGGGGGACGGCCCGUGAGAUGACAUGACAUGGCGAAGCAUGUGUCGAAUGGUCGUUGGUGUGUGUUUCUGAUCAUCGUGCAUGAUUAUCUUGCGAUGAAAAUCUAGGCAAGGGGGGGAAGGGUGGGGGAUCAAACAGAAAUGUUCUCCUGUUUGAACUUCGUCCUGUGUGGCCCCGGCUGAUACGUCAAGCAUCUACGCCGAAAGGUGCGGAGACUGGAACGAAGACACACACACGCACACACUGCUCGAUCGUGUAGAAGUGGGCUUUCACAAUUUUAGUACCUCUGCCAUCGUUUAAUGCCGUAGCAUCACCGGUGCCCUGACGAGAAGCCGAGGCCAAGCCUAAGGAAGUGGGCAAUGCCAAACGUCAAUAUCCUCGACUCGGGCAGCGUAGGGUUUUGAUCAGCCGUGGUAGGCGGUACGGUUUGUCCGGCAAUC